AUGUUCAGCUUGGUCACCAGCGAUGACACAUUUCCUCUUCCUGGCAACGGCAUCACUACCAGGAAGCUGGUGUUUCCCUUAAAUGGAAAACGUGCGACCUGCAAACACAGGGGGGGGUACAUUUUAGAACGGGAGAAUGCCCAAACUGCACUGUAGAGAGAUUAAGAGAAAGGUGGAGAGAGACAAGAACAGUCUUAUCAACGUUUCAGCAGCAAGAUCUUUUCAAAACAAAUCUCCAGUAGAAGGGUGUGUCAAAAUAUAGAAAUGGAGAAAGACCGCAGCAGACGGCAGAACACAGCCAGCCCAGCUCACCUGAGCCCCAAGCUCCCCAUCUUCUAACAGGCUCAGUGGGUACUUGGCUGAACGCAUCAUGUCCACAUGGACAAAGUUCUUAUUGUCCAGGUAGAAGACAUCCUUCUGCGUGAGCUGAGGGUCGAAGCGAGCCUCCCACUCACCUACCAGAGACAACAGGAGAACAAGCCACAGUUGUAAGAGGUAGACACUAAUGUAUGGUAUACAGUUUCAAAACCUAUAUUUUAAAACAGGGAGUGAAAGGGCAUACCUUUGAAAUGCACAGCAUUGAUAAGCAUGAGCACGAUGUCAUGCGGAAUACUAGGCAGGAAAUUGGUAAUGUGACCUUUGGUGGCAUCCUCCACCCAUUGGUUGACCUCCUCCACUGAGAUCAGGGGGGCGGGCUCUGAUCUGUACCUAUGCAGGGAUUCUGCAACAAAGGACUGGUACACCUCAAACUCUGAGAGAGAGAGGUGAACAGAACACAUACACAAAGUGUCAAAAUAAUUGUCAGACCUUUACUGCAUUAACGGCAGUUACAAUGGGUGUGCUUUAUAAUUAUGUUAGUAGAUUGUCAUUUUCUGGCACAGAGCUGCAGCACUAACAUCUGCUCAUCCUGGAAACACACCUGGACGCAGGUACAUGCGUGUGGCCACCUGUAGGGAAGUGUUGGUGAGGUGUUGGAGCAAGCUGCCCAGGGUGUGAUGGUAGCAGGGUAUGGUGUGGGCGUGUAGAGAACUGAGCAACAACUUCUGUGUCUCGUUAUGAGCUCCUGAUAGGGAAAAACAAGGAGGCAACGACCAUGUUGAGCACAUUAGGUCUUGGAGAUAAAAGCUAACAGACAUGCAUAUACAAUCUCAGAUACAUACUCACUCUUGACAUUAUACAUGCGCACACACACACGUGCCUCACCCAGUGCGAGCUGUGCCAGUGCGAGGGCCACACUUAGGGGUGAUAAGAUGACGUUGGGCUGCUCCGGCCCUGUCUGCAGGCUGUUCAGUAGCUGCCGGCCCAGUCUCUCUACAGCACCUCCUACUGACCGCCAGGCCUCCUGUCUGAACACCGGCUCUCCACAGGAGUGGUCCUCAGGAGCUACCAUACUAGUUUCAUCCUGAGAGAGAAAGAGAGUCUUGGGGUUAGACUGUAAAGACCAGGGUAGGGUUAGGUUGCUUCAAAAGUCUUGUAGCCAAUCCUUUCCCAAUUAAAGGUUAGAUAUUUAAGGAAGGUUGAUGUGUUUUGGGGUGAGGUUAUGGUUGGCCCUCUUACAGUCAGUCCCAGCCGACAGAGGCAGAGCAGCAAGAGCACAGGCAGAUACAGCGUCAUAUCCCAACAGCUAGCCUGCAAUACAGAACAAACCUGUACAAUAAUGUAAGGUUACAGGUUCAAGGCCCAUUUCGGGGAAAGUCUAAGGAUUUUUUUCUUUUUUUAUGCAACAUUUAAAUGAUAAAGGUUUGCUUGUAUAGAAAUAGGUAGGUACACAUACAAAACACAUUGACAUGAAUACCCCAACGUUUUCUUAGGUUUCAGGUCCUUUCUAAAGUGCAACAGUGCUUUCACACGACCAGAUAGACCAAGUUAAACUACACAGUGACCAAAAACAGUGACAACCAAUACUUCACUUAAGGGAGGACGCUAUCAACACUGCUUGGACCCAAAGCCAGCAAAGCCUCUCCCAACACAAAUCAACUGGAAACAACUUUUCAGAACAACAGACCACAGCACAAACAUUUCUUCCCAGACAGCAUGUUCAUAAAAUGGUUACUCACAGAAAUUAGACUUGACAAAACCCCUACAAUGGAUGUUCCAGUACCAAACGCUUACCUGAAAAGAACUCUAGAGUGCUUUUAUACAUGUCACAUGUUCAACACCAAUUAAGGUCAGCUGGGAAACAUUGGCUGAAACGAUGGUUCCUACCCUGUCACAAUAACGUUGAUAUUUAAGAUUCAAUAACAGUGAUUAUCAAUGCAUAGCAAUUAUUGAACCACUCACUUUUACAGAGCAAUAACAAAGUACCUAUUGCUGCUGGACAGGGAACCACUAAUUGGCUGAGAGGAAUUGAGAGCCAAUUAAAAGGAGGAUUUCUUGGCUAGUGGUCAGUGUGGCGCAGCUUAGGCCUGGUUCUACAGUGCAAAGAUGGGUGGUGAUUUGCUCUGGGAUCACAAGUGUUUGUCAGAGGGCCAAAGGUUUCUGUUUUACUUCUAAAGUCCACAAACAGCAAAUACUGGCUUCACUACUUAAAUGUUAUCUCUACGGAUGCAUGUUAGUAUUAGUGUUUAUAUAUACACUACCGGUCAAAAGUUCUAGAACACCUACUCAUUCAGGGGGUUUUCUUUAUUUUUACUAUUUUCUACAUCGUAGAAUAAUAGUGAAGACAUCAAAACUAUGAAAUAACAUAUAUUUGAGAUUCUUCAAAUAGCCACCCUUUGCCUUGAUGACAGCUUUGCACACUCUUGGCAUUCUCUCAACCAGCUUCACCUGGAAUGCUUUUCCAACAGUCUUGAAGGAGUUCCCACAUAUGCUGAGCAAUUGUUGGAUGCUUUUCCUUCACUCUGCGGUCCAACUCAUCCCAAACCAUCUCAAUUGGGUUGAAGUUGGGUGAUUGUGGAGGCUUGGUCAUCUGAUGCAGCACUCCAGCACUCUCCUUGGUCAAAUAGCCCUUACACAGCCUGGAGGUGUGUUUUGGGUCAUUGUCCUGUUGAAAAACAAAUGAUAGUCCCACUAAGUGCAAACCAGAUGGGAUGGCGUAUCGCUGCAGAAUGCUGUGGUAGCCAUGCUGGUUAAGUGUGCUUUGAAUUCUAAAUAAAUCACAGACAGUGUCACCAGCAAAGCACCCCCACACCAUCACACCUCCUCCUCCAUGCUUCACGGUGGGAACCACACAUGCGGAGAUCAUCUGUUCACCUACACUGCGUCUCACAAAGACACGGCAGUUGGAACCAAAAAUGUUCCAUUUGGACUCAUCAGACCAAAGGACACAUUUCUACCGGUCUAAUGUCCAUUGCUUGUGUUUCUUGGCCCAAGCAAGUCUCUUCUUAUUAUUGGUGUCCUUUAGUAGUGGUUUCUUUGCAGCAAUUCGACCAUGAAGGCCUGAUUCACGCAGUCUUCUCUGAACAGUUGAUGUUGGGAUGUGUCUGUUACUUGAACUCUGGGAAGCAUUUAUUUGGGCUGCAAUCUGAGGCUGGUAACUCUAAUGAACUUAUCCUCUGCAGCAGAGGUAACUCUGGGUCUUCCUUUCCUGUGGCAGUCCUCAUGAGAGCCAAUUUCAUCAUACCGCUUGAUGGUUUUUGCGACUGCACUUGAAGAAACGUUCAAAGUUCUUGAAAUGUUCCGUAUUGACUGACCUUCAUGUCUUAAAUUAAUGAUGGACUGUUGUUUCUCUUUGCUUAUUUGAGCUGUUCUUGCCAUAAUAUGGACUUGGUCUUUUACCAAAUAGAGCUAUCUUCUGUAUACCACCCCUACCUUGCCACAACACAACUGAUUGGCUCAAACGCAUUAAGAAGGAAAGAAAUUCCACAAAUUAACUUUUAACAAGGCACACCUGUUAAUUGAAAUGCAUUCCAGGUGACUACCUUAUGAAGCUGGUUGAGAGAAUUCCAAGAGUAUGCAAAGCUGUCAUCAAUGUAAAGGGUUGCUACCUUGAAGAAUGUCAUAUAUGAAAUAUAUUUUGAUUUGUUUAAUACUUUUUUGGUUACUACAUGAUUCCAUAUGUGUUAUUUCAUAGUUUUGAUGUCUUCACUAUUAUUAUACAAUGUAGAAUAAAAUAAAGAAAAACCCUUGAAUGAGUAGGUGUGUCCAAACUUUUGACUGGUACUGAUAUAUAUAUAUAUAUAUAUAUAUAUAUAUAUAUAUAUAUAUAUAUAUAUAUAUAUAUAUAUAUGACUGCAUAGAAUCAUUAGCAUUCAUAGAUUUAGUAGAAAUAGUGGUGAUAUUUAUUGAUUGAUGAUUUUAGUGUACAUUUACAAGGGCCUCUGUAGUCUUAUUUACAAAAAACUGUUUGUGCUAUUAUUCUAUCACUAGUAAACUAAUAGCUACAGCCAUACAUCUAAAUCAUGUUCCAAAUAGCUUUAAAGAAAGUGCACUUACUAUAGUAGAAUUGUAUGGUUUCAUGCACUGUGCCAAAAAACCUACUGACUCCCAACACCACAAUCCCUUCCAAGCCUCUGUCAAAAUGAAACAAGAUGGUGAAAACUUACCCAGCCGAUGUUUGGUCAGGGGAUAGGUAAUAUAGGCAAAUAGGAUUAGGAUAUAGACAGACAGAGAGACAGACAGACAGACAGGCACGGCGAGUGUUCCCCUAGCUGGAUCCUGUAGUGCCCAGUACUCUACAUUGUCAGCCCCCUCAUUAGCCAGUUAAUGUUUAACCCUGCAUUGAUUCAGCAGAGCGACUACUCUACCAGAAAAUGUAAAUAUUAAGAUAUGUGACCCACAGGUCAAACCUGCCUUUAUAAGAGCUGUGGCUCCACAACCUGAACAGAGAGCACUGAGCAGCAUUAUUCCUUCCCUCUCUCACUUCUUCCCUCUUUCUUUCCUUCCCUCAUUUCACAGAAAUGUCACUGAUUUGCAACAUUUAGCAGGUGUAAUUAAUGUAAAAGUUCCCAGUAGCACAAUAUUUUCACCUUUCUGCUCUCAUCAGAUCAGUGGUAUCCCUUAGCGAGGAGGAGAGAUGCAUUUAAAUAAGGGGGACCCUUACAUUCAGAAUCUUAAUAUCUAACAGUCUAGUAAGGACCUCUAUGGCUGCAUUUAUACAGGCAGCACAAUUCUGAUCUUAUUGUCAGUAAUAGUUUUUUUGUUUUUUUGACCAAUCAGAUCAGCUCCAAAUAAGAUCUAAUGUGAAAAUAUCUGAUGUGAUUUGUAAGUCGCUCUGGAUAAGAGCGUCUGCUAAAUGACGUAAAUGUAAUGUAAAUGUGAUUGGUCAAAAGACCAAUUAGUGGGAAGAAAAAUCAGAAUUGGGCUGCCUAAGUAAACACAGCCUAAGUUUCUCUAUUUAUCUCAGAGGAGGAUGGGUGGGGGGGGGGGGGGGGGGGGGGGGGGGGGGGUAGUUUGGAUUGUGAUAUUACUCUCUCUGACCUACAAACACAUUUUCCUAGAAAGAGUUUGGAAACCCUCACAGAUAGCUCUACAAUAGUGGCAAAUGUCAAAUAUCUGCCUACUGAAGUGUCUACAUGAGAGCUGAUAUGUUCCACCAUUAUAAACACAUGCAUGUACUUUAUUUAUAGCACUGUGUCUCCCUCUAUCGGCCCUAAUGGAGGAAACCCAACAUAAGCACUGUAGAAUGUUUCUAUAUGAAUCAGAGUUGCUAUAACACCAUUUUGGGCCUAAUCCUAAUCCUCUGUCUCUAGCUAGCCCUUUAGGUAAGAUAGAGUAAGCACAGAGGGUGUAGUUUGGGGAGGGGGUGGGGGAUAUUGUUUUUCUUGCACGGACCGCCCCAUUCCAGCCCUCCGCCCACACAAGACCUUGGCACAACCGUUGCCACCCCACAAUGCACCUGUGAAUCAGGCCAUCACCUGCUCACCCCCCUUGGGGUGGUUUGGGGUGACUGUCUGUUUACUGCCUCCCAUUAGGGUAGCAUAAAGGACCCCACCUCACAGCCCCCACAUGUUAACUCACAAGCCAAUUGAUUGUGUUAUGUAUACAGGCAGGAGAAGCAUGGACUGUCUGCAUAACUGAUGUAGACCUUUACCUGCUACCAAUAGCUGACUGCAGAGAACAAGUAGCCUGGAUGCAACCUUCUCCACAUGGAAACCCUGGCCCUGAAAUGCGAGAAAGGAAAGGGAAAGGGGAAAGGGGGAUACCUAGUCAGUUGUACAACAAGGUUUUCACUGAUUGGAUUACCCUGACAAUGAAGAAGAUGAUUGGCCAUAUUGUAUGAAUAAUGACCUGCAAGGGGUUCUCCAUGUUCAAAUAAAAUUGAAGCUAAAAAUACUCUGAUUUCAUAUUUGUGUAUUUCUCUGUUUCAGACCAUUUUGCCUAUUUCAAGUGACAUAUCGUGCUAAGGACUGAAUGUAAGUACAAAAUUGGCCAUAGGGUGGCAGUGUAGGAUCUGAAGUCAAAUAAUGUGUGUGUGUGUGUGUUGUGUGUGUGUUUUUGUUUUUGUUUAACUAUUCUUGUGGGUACCAGAAGGUUUACAGUUAUGGUUACAAUUAGGGUUAGGGUUAGAAUUAAGGUUAGGGUUACGGUUAGAAGUUAGGGUUAGGUAUUGUUUUAGAGUUAGGGUAAGGGGUUUGGAGUUAAGGUUAGGCUUAGGGUUAAGGUUAGGGUUAUGGUUGGGUUAAGGUUAGGGUUAGGGGUAAAAUAGGAUUUUGGACGGGAAUAAAUUAUUUGGUCCUCACAAGGAUAGCUAUACGAAACUGUGUGUGUGUGUGUCAAACCUGGGUUCAAAUACUAUUUCAAAUAUCUCAAUUACUUUCACAUACAUUUCAAAGUAAGUAUUCAGAUAUGUUUUAUUUGAAAAGACAAGUAGUUGAAUAUUGGAAUGUAUUUCGAAAUAUACUUGGAAAGUAUUGGCAUGUAUUUGAAAAUACACAAAUGCAUUGACUCAAAUAGACUCCCAUGCAUUGAACCCAGGUAUUUGAAAAUGGUAUUUGAAAUAAGUAUUUGAAAAUACUUUAAAAUAGUAGGCUAUUUAUAGGAAAUUAUUUUAAAAUAUUUUCAAAUACUAUUUUCAAAUACCAAUAGAAGUAGUUGAUUGAUUUGGGCCAGAUUAUUUGAAAAUACUCAAAUAUACAGAAAAUAAGUAUGUAAAUAACAAAUAAUCAAAUAUACAUGUAUUUGAACCCAGGUCUGGUGUGUGUGUGUGUGUGUGUGUGUAUCUUUGGUGUUUUGGGGAGUGUAACUUUACAAAGAAAGUUUGGAGUUUCCCAGCACCCACUGCUGUUCCAAGGAAACCCUAUCUAUCUGUCUCCUCUCACCUUAUGUCUCUCUCAGUAUACAGUACCUUCUAGUUUCAGAGAGCCCUGUUUAUUUUCCUAUCUAAGAUAAAGAAGUUAAUAUUUAAGUAUGAAUGUCACUCAAAAGUUUUUUCUCUCUCUAGCUCUCACACGCGCACAAGAAUGCCACUCAAAAGUGUUGCCCCACCCACACACACACACACACACACACACACACACAUACACAGAGUAAAAAAACACAGAGAGAGUAGAGAGAGAGAGAGAGAGAGACAGAGAGUGAGAGAGAUGUCACGUGCAGUCGUGUCCCCACAGUAAAGACGGAGGUAUCUGAGUUCUCUCACGUUCUCUCCCUCAUAAUUUUUGCUUUCUUCCUGGGACGGGACGCACGCAACUCUAAUUUAUGUCAGUAUUCCAUGAACGGGAGAAGAUGGUGUCCUCGCUCCGGGUGAUGUGGAGGUUCAAGGAUGGGGUGAUUCUGUUCUGUACGCCGUUCCUUCUCCUCCCUCUGCCUCUACUGAUCGGAACCACGGUAUGCGCCAAAUUUCUGGAAUGGACUUAUUCCAGGGAUCUCCUCUUGACCCAAUCUAGGCCUUUCUGCACCAAGAGUAGGCUAUCUGAGUGAUGAUUUAAAAUAUUUCACUAGUAGCCUACUAGUAUUCUAUCGUCUUGUUAGAUAUUUCAUUAAUUAUUCAUUUGUACACCUGACGCAUGCUGAUUUUGGCUUAAACAUUUAUUCCUUUAGGCCUCCCCCCGCGCACGCACACACACACAAACAAACACACACACACAUAGCUCCAUUAUGUUCAGUACACAUUCCGUUCUCAGCAUCAACAAAACUAUUUUUCUUCUGUGGUAUAUUGGUGAUCGCACAAUUUAAUGUGCAUCCCGCCACCUACUGUGCGGGAUGGAAACAGGAUUCCCAAAAAUGGAGAAAAAAAAACGACCAACCCAAAAAAACUACGAAACUAUCACAAAAAAACUUUUUAAAAACUACAUCAAACAACUUUUCUGUAAAAAAAAUACAACAGAUCUGAUCCCUACACAGGCUCAAGGGGAACCUGGGAGGGCGGGUCUUUCGACGCCAGUAGCCCUUGCAAGUCUUCAGAUGUAAAAUCCUUAAGUCCUAAAAACGUUUCUGCCGCAGCCACAAUAAUGUCCAGUUUCUUAGACCUCUUUGAGACUUAGAAUAAUAUGCCAUUUUUUUAUUUAUUUUUUUAUUUUUUUAUUUCACCUUUAUUUAACCAGGUAAGCCAGUUGAGAACAAGUUCUCAUUUACAACUGCGACCUGGCCAAGAUAAAGCAAAGCAGUGCGAUAAAAAACAACAACACAGAGUUACAUAUGGGGUAAAACAAAACAAAGUCAAAAAUACAACAGAAAUAAAUAUAUAUACAGUGUGUGCAAAUGUAGCAAGUUAUGGAGGUAAGGCAAUAAAUAGGCUAUAGUGCAAAAUAAUUACAAUUAGUAUUAACACUGGAAUGAUAGAUGUGCAAGAGAUGAUGUGCAAAUAGAGAUACAGGGGUACAAAUGAGCAAAAUAAAUAACAAUAUAGGGAUGAGGUAGUUGGGCGGGCUAAUUUCAGAUGGGCUGUGUACAGGUGCAGUGAUCGGAAAGGUGCUCUGACAACUGAUGCUUAAAGUUAGUGAGGGAGAUAAGUGUCUCCAGCUUCAGAGAUUUUUGCAAUUUGUUCCAGUCAUUGGCAGCAGAGAACUGGAAGGAAUGGCGGCCAAAGGAGGUGUUGGCUUUGGGGAUGACCAGUGAGAUAUACCUGCUGGAGCGCAUACUACGGGUGGGUGUUGCUAUGGUGACCAAUGAGCUAAGAUAAGGCGGGGAUUUGCCUAGCAGUGAUUUAUAGAUGGCCUGGAGCCAGUGGGUUUGGCGACGAAUAUGUAGUGAGGACCAGCCAACAAGAGCGUACAGGUCACAGUGGUGGGUAGUAUAUGGGGCUUUGGAGACAAAACGGAUGGCACUGUGAUAGACUACAUCCAAUUUGCUGAGUAGAGUGUUGGAGGCUAUUUUGUAAAUGACAUCGCCGAAGUCAAGGAUCGGUAGGAUAGUCAGCAAACGCAUUUAGCAGACGCUUUUAUCCAAAGCGACUUACAGUCAUGUGUGCAUACAUUUUUACAUAUGGGUGGUCCCGGGGAUUGAACCCACUACCCUGGCGUUACAAGCGCCAUGCUCUACCAAUUGAACUACAGAGGACUUGUGCCGUACAGUUUAUAACUGUGGCAAUGAAUGCCACAAAAUCCACCUUUUUAACACACAGGAUAUCUUUUGACUGGCAGCAUACAUGUACUACAGGCUGUGGUGCGUCCACUACCAUAUCUUCGCUAGCAUCACUUGUUUUCUCAAUUAUUUUAAUCGCCUCCGCAUAGGAGAUUCGAUUGACCUAACUUUUGCCACCUCAAUCUCCUUCACCCUUACAGAGCACUCCAGGAACUCGGGAUCAUGAUCCCCACCACAAUUGCAACACCGUCGUCCUUCUACACACCGUUCUUCAGUAUACUCUGUCCGUCUGAACACACUUGAAACAUGGCCAAAUCCAUUACAAGUCUUACACUGCAAUGAUUUGUGGACGAAAGCUCUUACAGCGUAUCUUACAUAACCAAGCUUCACAUGCGUAGGUAUUUGCUCUUUAUCAAAAAACAAAAGGACCGACAGACUUUCUUCUUUUUCUCCAUUCACCCAGCGGGUCAGACGCCGGGCACCAACCACACCAGGAAUUUUCUUCUGGUAUUCAACCUGAACAUCCGUCGUCACCCCUGAGAUGACUCCUUUGACGGGUGCUCUACUCCGAAGUUCAAAACACAAAACGUAUGUUGUUCAGAAUCUUUUGAGGCUCACUGCAAUCCUCCUCUGUUCUUCAGAAAUACAAUAAAUCAAAAUAAGAUCCCUCCUGGUCACUCUGACAGAUUCCACUUUUCCCAGCGCAUACUUCACCAUUUCCAACACCUCAAACGGGUUUCCCACAUAUGCAUCCUUACUCAACAAACGCAUCCCAACAAGAAGUGAUUCAUUAUCAUUCAUACAAGUAUCCUCCACUCCAAUUUUAGACAAUUUCCUUUUUGUUCCAGUUUUCGCUACUACUGUUGUCCAUUCAGAACAUUCGUCUUUGCUCGACGCACUGCUUGAUUCGAACUCAGCAGCCACUUCCGCCAUCUUUUUCCUGAACCAGAACCAAAGUCCUCUCAACAAAACUCUCUCUAUCCUCUAUCUUGUUAAGUGUGUUCAGGUGCAUUGGCCGCGCCCACUAAUUGGCCACACCUGAUCUUAAUGAGUGCCUGUUUCCUUUGAAAUAGGGUCUGUAUGAAUAGACUAAAAUGAACAGCUUUGUAUGAGGUAAAAAAAACAUGACAUGCAAGCUCCAUCUUGGUGGUGCAGUGGACUAAUUCCAUGGCUAGGGAGCAGAAGAACAUAGGGUUGAAUCUCACUGAUGCUAGGCCACAAUAAAAAAUAAAUAAUGUGUUUGCAUGAUUAAUGCCUAAGCAAAUACAUUUACAUGUGUUAAACUAAGCUAGCAGUGUUAUUAAAAGUCAUAUUGAAACAUGUUCUCAGAAUGUUACUUAAUUACCUUCAAAUAACCUAUAAUUUCUGUUUUCAGAACGUUAAUAAAACCUCCCAGGAAAACGUUCAGGGAACCAUAGAAAAACAUUCUCAGAACCUCCCUGCAACCUAAAAAUGACAAAACAGGUGAAAAUGUAACUUCCGUUCUCAGAAAGUUAAAAAGAAUAUCAGUUUUAAACCAAUGGGAAACCAAAAACGUACGUUCCCAACAACUUCAAAGGAACCAAAUGUGCUAGCUGGGAAGGGUUUUGGACCCUCACCCUGGUCAUUUGACUUUUAAACUCAUGGGUAUGCUCAAAAUGGCAGUCCUGACUUGAAUGGGCACUUUCGUCUAUGGAUUCUAUUUCUAUGGAUUCUAUUUCUCUUUGCGCUGUCAGUGAAUAGCUAAAGGCCUUUCGCAAAUGUCUAAAUACAAUCGCAGGAAAUACGUUUGGAAAGCAAAUGCCUACUGCUGAAAAGAGAAGACUAAUUGAUCAGUAGAAGCUAAAAAAAUCCCAACAACUCAGACAAACAGCACUGUAUUUCAAAGUAGCUCAGGCCUAUCUUGAGACCAUUGCCCGAACGGUGAGAAGCCUAGGCUACGCAUAAUCAUGCUAUCUUCAUCAUUGGGUGAGUCAGUGCCACUGGAAAGUUGACUUAGUGGCCUACUGUAGCCUAUAAUAUUGUUGUCGGGGUGGGUGGGGGUUGUCUUGGGGGAGGAGUGUAUAAUGCAAACGUCUAGCAACCCAAAGGUUGCAUGUUCAAAUCUCAUCAAGGACAACUUUAGCAUUUUAGCUAAUUAGCAACUUUGCAACUACUUACUACUAAUCCUAACCUUAACCCUAAACCUAACCCUAACCCUAACCCCUAGCCUAGCUAACAUUAGCCACCUAGCAACGUUAGCGUUGGCCACCAGCAAAUUGGAAUUCGUAACAUAUCAUACAAAUUGUAAUUUGUAACAUAUCAUACGAAAUGGAUGAUGGACAUCCACAAAUUAAUACAUACCAUACUAAAUGUAACAUAUCAUACUAAUGUCCCGGAUUUCCGUUUACUAUGUUACGUCUACCCCUGAGUCCAGCUUGCAGCUACCCUAUUGUGGAAACUCUGGCUUUUGAGCUCAGCUGCCGCUCAGCUGCCAGAUUCACCCGAUCUAGGUGUGCUGGUCGUUCAACUGCAGAUAACAUGAGGACUAUAGUGUUCAAACGUUUGUAAUAUAGAACAAAUUAACUUCACACAGAUAUAGAUAGAAAAAAAGCUUAAGUUAAAUACAUGCCAUACAAAAAGUGCUGGUGCCAAUUAAGCUACAAAAGAUGCAAAAGAAUAUGUACCAAUUUGGUUCAGUGUGUCAUCAUCAGUACUGAUGACUCAUGAGCACUGUCCGUUUGUGUUGAUAUAGUCAGUGAUUCCCAGAAGUAUCCACAGAGAUAUGUGGAAUCUGAAACACAUCCCAGAUCCUACACUGACUGACCAGAUAACCCUGGCAACUGGAUCUCAGGGGUCUCUGCAGCAGGUGCCAUCCCCAUGUAACGUUAGUAGAAGGCCCUGUGUCUUUAGCUAAAUACAUGAAUCAGAAAAAUACACAUAGAAAAGACCCUUGAUUUGGGAGAGAGUGUGUUGUUGGCACCUGACCAGAUUCUCGCCUGCUGUGGUGACAGACAGUAGACCAAUUUGCGGUAUUAGGCCUACUUAGUAACCUAGUGAGUGUGACCUAAAAGUCUAACCUGCCCCAAGAGUUCUUACCCUGUAAUCUCAGUGUUUCAGUGCCAGGGCAUUGAAGAGGGAGGAAACAUUUCCUUGUCACACAAUAGGGUGUUGAAGUUCAAGUUUACAUUACUUGAGCUCCAUAAAUUCACAUCGCAGCUCAAUGUUUAUACAAUGACACCACCAGACACAGAGAACACUGUGUGUUCAUGUGCUUCAGUUAUUUCGUGUGUGUGUGUUUGUGUCCUUUUGACCUUUAGAAUAUUUGGGUUCUCUGUACUUCUAUAUGGAUCUAAAUAAAGUAUUGUAAUUGUGUGUGUUGCAGGAGGCAAAAUGUGCCUAUGUGAUAGCCCUGAUGGCAGUGUACUGGUGUACUGAGGUACUGCCACUAGCUGUGACUGCUCUCCUGCCCGCUGUCCUCUUCCCUGUGUUUGGCAUUAUGGAGUCCAAGCAGGUACGCUUCCCUCAGACACUCACACACACACACAAAGACAAUCUCUCACGUGUGUGCGUGUGUGUGUGUACAGAUGUAAGAUCUUAAUUUGAUCACCCUGAUGCAGGAGAACUUGUAGUGUGUGUGAGGUCUAAAAAGGCUUCUGAAGUUUCUAAUUUCCACUUUGAAAUUACAGACUUGAUUUUCCCUUACCAAAAAUGUACACUACAUGACCAAAAGUAUGUGGACACCUGCUCGUCGAACAUCUCAUUCCAAAAUCAUCAAAUCAAAUCAAAUGUUAUUUGUCACAUGUGCCAAAUACAACAGGUGUAGACAUUACAGUGAAAUGCUUACUUACAAGCCCUUAACAAACAAUGCAGUUUUUUAAAUAUAAAAAUUUUAAUGGCAAAUAAUUAAAGAGCAGCAGCAAAAUAAAAUAAGAGUAGGGACGUUAUAUACAGGGGGUACCGGUACGGAGUUGGUCCUCCCUUUGCUGUUAGAACAGCCUCCACUCUUCUGGGAAGGCUUUCCACUAGCUGUUGGAACAUUGCUGCGGGGACUUGCUUCCAUUCAGCCACAAGAGCAUUAGUAAGGUCGGGCACUGAUGUUGAGCGAUUAGGCCUGGCUCGCAGUCGGCGUUCCAUGGGGUUGAAUGGGGUUGAAGUCAGGGCUCUGUGCAGGUCAGUCAAGUUCUUCCACACCGAUCUCAACAAACCAUUUCUGUAUGGACGGGGGCAUUGUCAUGCUGAAACAGGAAAGGGCCUUCCCGAAACUGUUGCCACAAAGUUGGAAGCACAGAAUCGUCUAGAAUGUCAAUGUAUGAUGUAGCAUUAAGAUUUCCCUUCACUGGAACUAAGGGGCCUAGCCCGAACCAUGAAAAACAGCCCCAGACUAUUAUUCCUCCACCAAAUCUUACAGUUGGCACUAUGCAUUGGGGCAGAUAUCAUUUUCCUGGUAUUCGCCAAACCCAGAUUCGUCUGUCGUACUGCCAGAUGGUGAAGCGUGAUUCAUCACUCCAGAUAACGAAUUUCCACUGCUCCAGUGUCCAAUAGCGGCGAGCUUUACACCACUCCAGCCAACGCUUGGCAUUGUGCAUGGUGACCUUAGGCUUGUGUGCGGCUGCUUGGCCAUGGAAACCCAUUUCAUGAAGCUUCCAACUAAUAAUUAUUGUGCUGACGUUUCUUCCAGAGGCAGUUUGGAACUCGGUAGUGAGUGUUGCAACGGAGGACAGACAAUUGAGCUUGUGUGGCCUACCAUUUUGCAGCUGAGCCGUUGUUGCUCCUAGACGUUUCCACUUCACAAUAACAGCACAUACAGUUGACCGGGGCAGAAAUUUGACGAACUGACUUGUUGGAAAGGUGUUAUCCUAUGACGGUGCCACAUUGAAAGUCACUGAGCUCUUCCGUAAGGCCAUUCUACUGCCAAUGUUUGUUUAUGGAGAUUGCAUGGCUGUGUGGUCGAUUUCAAAAACCCGUCAGCAACGGGUGUGGCUGAAAUAGCCGAAUCCACUAAUUUGAAAAGGUGUCCACAUACUUUUGUAUAUAAUGUAUCAACCCCUACAAACAUUUCCAUUCAUUAUAAUCCAAAUAAUAAUUCACAUUUCCUGUUGAGAGAUUAUUUUCCUGCUGUAGCAAACUGGCUGAAAUUAAAAUCCUACAUCUGUAUCAGGUGUGUAUGCAGUACCUGAAGGACACCAACAUGCUGUUUGUGGGCGGUCUGAUGGUGGCUGUUGCCGUGGAGACAUGGAACCUUCACAAGCGCAUCGCCCUCAGGGUUCUACUCGUUGUGGGGGUGAGGCCUGCCCUGUGAGUAGCUAGUCACAGGUGUCUAUCUUUAUCCAUUUUUCAGGUAUCAAAACAGGAUUGUCUGCAAAAUUCAAGACCAUGUAAGCCCACUGAGCUAAAGCCUAGCAUUAUUUCCUCCUUCUCCACUUCCUCUUUUCUCUCUCUGAUACACCCUCCCCUCCCUGCUGUCCCCGCCAGUCUGAUGCUAGGGUUCAUGGGUGUGACAGCGUUCCUGUCCAUGUGGAUCAGUAACACAGCCACCACAGCUAUGAUGGUCCCCAUUGUCCAGGCUGUCCUGGAGCAGCUCAACAGCCCACGAAAGGGGGAGAACCCCCUGCCCUUCCCCCAGAGCCAGGAGAAUGGUAUGACUCCUGAGGAAAAACUGGAGAACAGUUCAAACCCACAGGACAAACUUAUCAUCCAGGACGAUCACAUUCCACUGGAGAAACCAGCCACAGAGGAUAAACUGGACUCCCCAGACAAACCAGUUCCUCAGGACAACUCUCUGACUGAUGGGAAGCCAGGUGAGGGGCACUGGGCUGGGGCAGAGGUCAGGGCAGGGGGCUAGGUGAGACUGGAAUACUGCCUUCUCACCAACACACCAUAACACAGUUACAGUGAGAGAAAAAAGUAUUUGAUCCCCUGCUGAUUUUGUACGUUUGCCCACUGACAAAGAAAUUAUCAGUCUAUAAUUUUAAUGGUAGGUUUAUUUGAACAGUGAGAGACAGAAUAACAACAACAAAAAUCCAUAAAAACGCAUGUCAAAAAUGUUAUAAAUUGAUUUGCAUUUUAAUGAGGGAAAUAAGUAUUUGACCCCUCUGCAAAAUAUGACUUAGUACUUGGUGGCAAAACCCUUGUUGGCAAUCACAGAGGUCAGAAAUUUCUUGUAGUUGGCCACCAGGUUUACACACAUCUCAGGAGGGAUUUUGUCCCACUCCUCUUUGCAAGUCAUUAAGGUUUCGAGGCUGACGUUUGGCAACUCGAACCUUCAGCUCCCUCCACAGAUUUUCUAUGGGAUUAAGGUCUGGAGACUGGCUAGGCCACUCCAGGACCUUAAUGUGCUUCUUCUUGAGCCACUCCUUUGUUGCCUUGGCCAUGUGUUUUGGGUCAUUGUCAUGCUGGAAUACCCAUCCACGACCCAUUUUCAAUGCCCUUGCUGAGGGAAGGAGGUUCUCACCCAAGAUUUGAUGGUACAUGGCCCCGUCCAUCGUCCCUUUGAUGCAGUGAAGUUGUCCUGUCCCCUUAGCAGAAAAACACCCCCAAAGCAUUAUGUUUCCACCUCCAUGUUUGACGGUGGGGAUGGUGUUCUUGGGGUCAUAGGCAGCAUUCCUCCUCCUCCAAACACGGUGAGUUGAGUUGAUGCCAAAGAGCUCGAUUUUGGUCUCAUCUGACCACAACACUUUCACCCAGUUCUCCUCUGAAUCAUUCAGAUGUUCAUUGGCAAACUUCAGACGGGCCUGUAUAUGUGCUUUCUUGAGCAGGGGAACCUUGCGGGCGCUGCAGGAUUUCAGUCCUUCAUGGCGUAGUGUGUUACCAAUUGUUUUCUUGGUGACUAUGGUCCCAGCUGCCUUGAGAUCAUUGACAAGAUCCUCCCUUGUAGUUCUGGGCUGAUUCCUCACCGUUCUCAUAAUCAUUGCAACUCCACAAGGUGAGAUCUUGCAUGGAGCCCCAGGCCGAGGGAGAUUGACAGUUAUUUUGUGUUUCUUCCAUUUGCGAAUAAUCGCACCAACUGUUGUCACCUUCUCACCAAGCUGCUUGGUGAUGGUCUUGUAGCCCAUUCCAGCCUUGUGUAGGUCUACAAUCUUGUCCCUGACAUCCUUGGAGAGCUCUUUGGUUUUGGCCAAUGUGGAGAGUUUGGAAUCUGAUUGAUUGAUUGCUUCUGUGGACAGGUGUCUUUUAUACAGGUAACAAGCUGAGAUUAGGAGCACUCCCUUUAAGAGUGUGCUCCUAAUCUCAGCUCGUUACCUGUAUAAAAGACACCUGGGAGCCAGAAAUCUUUCUGAUUGAGAGGGGGUCAAAUACUUAUUUCCCUCAUUAAAAUGCAAAUCAAUUUAUAACAUUUUUGACAUGCGUUUUUCUGGAAUUUUUUGUUGUUAAUCUGUCUCUCACUGUUCAAAUAAACCUACUAUUAAAAUUAUAGACUGAUCAUUUAUUUGUCAGUGGGCAAACGUACAAAAUCAGCAGGGGUUCAAAUACUUUUUUCACUCACUGUACAUGUACAUGGCGAUUUCAGACAAAUAUAGACAAAGGCUGUAUGUCUAUAGGCAACAGGCAAACUAUAGCCUGCCUAGCUAACAACUUUGGCUGUGACCUCUUGGUAGUCCUGAUUCCCAAACUUCUCUAAUAUAUAGUGGUAUUGUCUCCCCCUUCCUCUCUGUAUACAGUGGUAGUGUCUAUGGUCUUGAAGGAGGGGACUGAAGCAGAGGAGCAGGUUGGGGAGGAUGAGGAGGAGAAGGAGAGGAUGAAGAUGUGUAAAGGCUUGAUGUUGUGUGUGUGUUACGCUGCCAGCAUCGGAGGCACUGCCACUCUCACUGGCACCGGACCCAACCUCGUCCUCACAGGGCAGAUGAGCCAGUAUGUACCACACACACACACAUACACACACAGCGUAUGUACCUCUCACAGACACACACCUCACAAAUGUUAGUGUAUAUCCCAUUAUAUAAAUAUAGAUAUGGGUGUCCGAAUAUAUCGUGUUGAUCAACUGACAUUUGACGUUUUACAUUUUUGAGAAGUGAUGUUCUUAACAGAAACCCACUGUCAGACUCUUCCCUCAGAACGGUAACGUGAUUAACUUUGCCUCGUGGUUCGCCUUUGCCUUCCCCACCAUGCUGCUGAUGCUGACGCUGGCCUGGCUCUGGCUCCAGGUCGUCUUCAUCGGCUUCGAGUGAGUGACCUGGCCAGAGCAUCACAGUGUAUUACUUUAACUCUAUUCUCUCCUCUCUCUCAGUUCAACCAUGACAUGAUAUUUGUAAAGGUUUGCAUGGGUAAAAUAGGGGAAAUGUCUCUCUCACUCACUCUGCUUCUUAUCUGACCUAUUAGUGUAAAUAAUCUCUCUCAGUCUGUCUUUCUCUCUCUUUUGCUCCUCCACUCAUUUCUCUCCUCUUUCUCUCCAGUCUGAAGCGUACGUGGGGCUGUGGUGCUGUGCAGUCAGAGAAAGAACAUGCAGUGUAUGAUUUGAUCCGUGAGGAGCAUCGUCGUCUGGGGCCCAUGUCCUAUGGGGAGUUGAGUGUCCUGGGGCUCUUCAUCCUGCUGGUGGUGCUGUGGUUCACACGAAGCCCAGGCUUUAUCAACGGAUGGGCAACCCACAUCUUCAACACCAAGGCCGAGUAUGUAAUACACACCACACACUGAAAUACUGGACACACCAUACAUACUCAACCACACAGACACACACACUAAACACUAGCAGGUGGAAAUAUACAGACACAUGCACAGUAACACAAGCCUGAUCUGAAGGAUAGGUUAUCUGAGUUGUCUUUAGACCUUUCUGUUAGAACAAGUGUCAGGACACGGGGAACAGGAGAAAACAAACACAGACGGACAAAACGUGUUGUUCAGACAGUAAACCGUCUGUGUUGCACCAAUAAACAUGUUCUGAACUUUGACACACAGAAACACAAACUUGUGCACGUACACACGCUCUCACCAGCACACACAAAGACUCACAUAGGCACAUGCACACACAGAGUCUGGGAAACAUGAUCUCACUAGAGUGAAUGAGAGAGAAAGCACACUUCUUUAUAACAAACAGAUCGAUGGGCAGGAGAGGCACACACUGCGUUCUCUCUUAUCUGGUCAUGUGACCUCCCUAUCACAGAGGGCAUAUAUGACGUCUGUCAAUCUAUGAAUGGGCACAUCACCAUGGAAACAGGUGUUGAUUAUAACAGAAUCCUGGAUCAAACUGGGGCUAAGGUCAUCAAACAUGCUCUGUCCGUUACGUCAAUCCAUUCUUUAUUUGUAUUUGUAUUUGUAUUUGUAGUUAUUAAGGAUCCCCAUUAGCUACUGUCAAGGCAGCAGCUACUCUUCCUAGGGUCCAGCAACAUUAAGGCAGUUAUUUACAAUUACAAAUAUUACAUGACAUUACAUUUCAUAACACUUUUUUCACAACACAUUAAGUGUGUGCCCUCAGGCCACUAUUCUACUACCACAUAUCUACAAUACAAAAUCUAUGCAGACGUGUGUGUGUAGAGUGCGUGUGUUAGCAUGUGUAUAUGUAUGAGUGUGUCUGUGCCUGUGUGUGUCUCUUCACAAUCCCCGUGUUGAAGAGGUUGAGAACCUCAUGGAAUUAUUGCUUGGUCAUUCUACGAAUUUGGUGCCUUUUGAGAAGUGUAACGUGGUCAACAUUUUUUGGGAUUUCACCUGAUUUUAACAUUCUGUCAUAAAGAGCACAUGUUCAACUUCAUAAAAACAAAUUUUCCCAUCUCAAGAGGAUCUUUUGUUGUUGUAAAUGACUGUAGUAAGUGCCUAUUAAGUGCCAAAUAAAGUAGCAGCGUUGACCAUAACAAGGUUGAUGAUUUCUUCUUAAAUCAGCCAUAAAUCCCCUUGUGACAGUGGAAAUGGAAGCUUCACACUGGGCACACACUGGUUGAGUCAACGUUCUUUUCACGUCAUUUCAAAGAAAUUACAUUGAACCAACGUGGAAUAGAUGUUAAAUUGAUGUCUUGCAACAGGGAGUGGCAAUUGAAUGCAAGCUUCAAAUUAUUAUUUUUUUGCCUGUCUAUCUAUGGUUAACAGGGUUGACGUGUUAUGCUUGAGCCGCUCAGUUUUCCACCAAAAAACACCAGAAAAUUGCCAGAAAAAGUAGAACCAGCUCACCUACUUUUGAUCGAUGAUUUGACUAUUAUGUGUUCAAUGUUUCUUUCAAAAAAUAUAUUUAAAAAGGAAUAUCAGUUCACGUAAUAUGGUUGACAAAAUGAGGGACAGAUCACAUGGAAUAAAUAAUGAUCUUCAGAAAUGACUUUGUCAAAGCAACAAAAUAACUAGGGCUUAACAAUGAUGGUGAAACUUGGAGACAUGUUGGGAUUAAAUGGGUUAAAAUCUUCCUAGAAGUGACACAGGGUUGACGGAGGGCCCGGAGGGCCCGGAGGUCUAAGGGCCCGGAGCUGGGUUUCUACUAAGCUAACAUAUGGAGUGAAAAAAAUGCUGUACAAUGAUGAAAAUAUUACUAAAACAUUGAAAACUUCAUAAGGAAACAAAUACUGUACUCACAGUUCUUGCAUUCACACACAGUAAAGGAUAAAACUUAGAAAAGUUAAUGUUAGAAAACCGGAGAUUCUCUGCAGAGCCACAAACUAUAAUUUCAUGGGUUUAAUUAAGAAAACAGUUAUAAUAGGAUACGGAUUGGGGUGACACAAAAUCCUACAAUAGGGUUGCCAAUAGGAAAAAAGUAGUCCAAUAGGAACCCAAUAAGAUUCUGAUAGAGGUGACACAAAAUCCUAUAGGACUGUGAGAAACCUAUAGGAUCCAAUAUGAUUACUUUUGAUUUCCAAUAGGAAAAAAGUAGUCCCAACAGGAACCCAAUAGGAUUCUGAUAGAGGUGACACAAAAUAUUAUAAGAUUGUGAGAAUCCUACAGGAUUCUGUUGGAAAAAUCACAAAUCCUAUAGGAUUGUUUUACUAGGGCCUUCCCUUCUAACCUCCAACCUCUCCCCUCUACAGGUUUGUGACUGAUGCCACAGUGGCAGUGUUUGUUGCCGUGCUGCUGUUCGUCUUGCCCUCUGAGCCCCCCCGCUACCUCUGCUUCUGGAGAAUACAGAGCUUUGACACAGGUGAAAUACACCCACACACACAUACACACACUCACACUGUAGACACUGCUUGACAUGUGCGUGCCCCCCUCCCCUCAGAGCCCCCCCGCGGCCCCACCCCUGCCCUACUGAGCUGGCAGGUGGCCCAGAGGAAGAUGCCCUGGAGCAUUGUACUGCUGCUAGGAGGAGGCUUCGCUCUGGCUAAGGGCAGCGAGGUGUGUUUAUGUGUGUAACCUUGAGUGUGUGUGUGCAUUUGUGCAUGCUUGCGUGCAUGCAUGGGUCCGUACAUGUGUAUAAGCUUGAAUGUGUGUGUAUCCAUCUAGGUGUCUGGUCUGUCGCGGUGGCUGGGUGAUCAGAUGAUACCUCUCUGCUCCAUCCCUCCCUGGGCCAUCGCAGUCACCCUCUGUCUCCUCAUCGCCAUCUUCACUGAGUGUGCCAGCAAUGUGGCUACCGCUACACUCUUCCUGCCCAUCCUAGCCUCCAUGGUACACCCACCCACCCACACUCAACCAACCACACACAAACACUUCUCUCUCUCCCCCUCGCUCGCUCUCACACACACAAACACACUCGAUUGCUCUCUCAAUCUGGGAUCAAGUUUCCUUUUGAUAGAAUUGGAAUGUACUGAGUAGAGCCGGUCAAUAUGGGAUCUGAGCCAGGCCUACUACUGAAGAGUCUCUCAGAGAGCGAGAGAGAGGGAGAGAGAGAAUGUAUGAAUGAAAUAGAUAAGCAAAUAGCAAGAGAGGACAGAGAGAAAGAGCUGAAUGAGUGAAAAAGUCAACUCAGAGAGAGAGAAGAGAGAGAUAGAGAGAGAGGUUAUUUACACUAAUAGGUCACAUUAGAGGCCAGACAUUGAGAAUGUAGCAGCACUGUGUGUAGAGCUCUCAGCUCUGUUCAUUCAGUGAAGAGAAUCUUUGAUAAUUGAGCCAACACAGAGCCACACACACUUUCAUUCAUCCUAUUCACAUCCACAUUGCAGGAUAGUAGGCUACUACUUGCAUGCGCACGUCCAUACAUACGUAUGUGCUGGCUAAUAUGUGUGUUCUAUUGCAGUCCCAGUCCAUAGGAGUGAACCCACUGUAUGUGAUGGUACCCUGUACCCUCAGUGCCUCCUUUGCCUUCAUGCUGCCUGUGGCCACGCCUCCUAACGCCAUUGUGUUCUCUUAUGGAUACCUGAAGGUGUCAGAUAUGGUGAGAGCCCCACUUUUGACCUCGGCUACUAUAGGUACCUAUUAUACAGUAGGCAGUAUGUAUAAUAAGGUAAUGUAUGUUGGCAUAUAUUUCACCCUGCCACCCCACCCCAAACCUAAACCCCCUCCUCGCACCAUAUUCUUUAUCCACCUUCACCACCAUCCCCUCAACCUACCACCAACUCAACUUUACCCCCCUUUCUCUUCUCCAGGCUAAGACAGGUAUAGUGAUGAACAUCCUUGGGAUCCUGUGCAUCACUCUGGCCAUUAACAGCUGGGGUAGAGCCAUUUUCAACCUGGACACGUUCCCCUCCUGGGCCAACACCACCGCUACCAUCACCACAGGAGGAUGAGGGGGGAAAAUGACCCUCAAAAACACCAUCAUACGCCCCUGUACUGCAAUACCACUGCUACCGAUGCCAAAAGGGGGAUGAGGGGGAGGAGGAAGGGGGAGUAUUAUCAAAAGACCACUGAUCUUCCUCCAACAGCACUACAAGCCUCGCUGGGGCAACAGAGGGCUGGCCAUGGGAACACUGGCUACUCUGAUCUGGUACACACACACACACACACACACACACACACACACACACACACACACACACACACACACACACACACACACACACACACACACACUGAGACAGUUUCCAGCUGUGCCACCACCAUACUGGUUUAUUAUCAGUGUAUUUGAUACUUAUUUGAUACAGUUAUUAUUGUUAUUAUUAUAUUAUAUGGUAAUGAGCCUAGACAGGAGCCUUAGAGAACUGGGAUGAUAAAUAACUUGUAAAAGCCUAGACAUGCUGUAAUACUGUAACUUACUGUAUAUUUGUAUUAGUGACAAUAUUGUUAUAUCAAUUUAUAUCAUAUAAAUAUAUUAUGUUACACAAUAUUAUGAUAAAUGCUUUUCAGUAAGUGUAAUAACCAGAACAAUUUAGCCAAAAACCUGGUUGCCUC